GCGCUCCUUCCACCACAGGGCUCUCGAGAUAGCCGGCCCCGAGAGUCCUAAGGAAUCGGUGUGUCCUCUGGGCCCCCCUUCUUCGUCAUCCUCUUCCGCUUCCUCCGCCUUCGAACACGAGAGAGUAGGUGCCGGUACUGGCGUCGGGCCAAGGGCGAGCGUGCUUCCGUGGCGGGCCGACCCUCGAACCUCCUGCGCUACAAGACGGAGCUAUGCAGGACCUUCGAGAGAACGGGCUGUGCAGGUUUGGAAACACCUGUACCUUUGCACAUGGCAUAGGUGAGCUUCGUGCCAUACCUAGACAUCCACGUUACAAGACCGAGCCUUGCCGCCAGUACCACACUCAUGGAUAUUGCCAGUAUGGGGCACGAUGUCACUUUGUUCAUGACCCUGAGGAAGCGGCAGGUGUGUCCCCAAUGCGAGGUUUCAUCAUCAGAGGCAGGCAUGACAGACUUGCUAGUGCAAUGCUGGCAUUAGCAGAGGAUGCAGGAAUAGUGUCAAAUCCAGAUACUAGUGAUGUUUUGUUAGCAAACCUGCGAAGGCUGUACGCCCUGAGAGCCAUGAAGGAUCAGCCAGAAAUUUCCGACAUUCCCACCGCUCAAGAACCAAGUGAAGGGAGUGAAGAUAUGUCAUUCCAGUCAGAUGGAUUGGACUUGUCAACAUAUCUGCCAGACAACCUUUCAGCGAGAUUGUUCGAGACCAGUAGCAACUGCAGCAUGUACACAUCUACCAUGAGUGUUUUAGGAUCGACGAGUAUAAAUGGCAACAAGUACGAUGCCUCCCAUGAACCAUUAAUGGAACAUAGUCUAGAUGCUAGUGUGGAUAACAGCAUAGACCAGAGUAUAGACACGGGGAUAUGGUCAAGUGCUUGGUCCACAACCUCUAGUCUAUCCACUUCUCCACCGGGUGAAUCCUGGUGGGGAAUGUGGGGUGGUUCUAUGGCCACACCACCUCUCUCCCCAGAGAGCAGACUUGUCCCAGAUGCUCCGCUGAAUCUUGGACAGCCAGCAGUUACUUCAUUACCCCAGGGCAUUGAGAUGGAUUUACCAAAUAUUGGAAUGGCAACAAAGUUUUCAGUGAAAGUUGUAACUGAAGUGAUAAAGGAAAGUGUCAUUGCCAACCCAAUGGAGGUUUCCCGGGGCCUCCACCUUCCUUCCAUUGCCGAAUUGUGCCGCAAUUGAAAUGUACCUGAAUUAGAAAUUUUAUUUUAUAUGGGAAGCUAAUGCAGUAAUUGUAACUUUUAGUUUUGGUUUGCUCCAGUUCCUAAUCUUAUGGCUAAUCCGGGCCAGUUAUAUUUUAUUCUGGACUUCCGUGUGAAGGAUAAUGGGGCACAUUUAAUGUCGACCCAGAUGGAUUUUAGUUAGAUUUCUAUGAAAAUUUUCAAUAGGAUUUUUUUUUUUUAUCAAACAAGCCAGUCUUGAUGCUAGUUUUUAGGCUAAGGAAACCAUAAUUAAUUACUCGUAGGUCAAAAGGAUAAAUGUUUAACCAUACCAUUAUUUACAAAUUAAUAAUUUAUUGCUAUGAUGAUCUCUUUUAAAGGAGUGACUGUGAUAUCCAUAGGUAGUUUGUACCUAAUUAUGGAAAUAAAUAAGUGGAUUUAGUAUCAUUUGUGUUAUUUAUGAACAAUUUUGAUUUGAUGCCUUCAGAGACUAAACAUUUAAUUUAAUUUUCAGUUGAACAACUUCAGUGAAAUCUAAUCUUGAUGUAUGUGAAAGGGAUGCAUUUUGUGGCGCUAAAUUUUGUAAUUCUCCUGAUUUUGCUUUUGUAUCGCCUGUAAUAAUAAUGCGAUUAAAUUAAAAGUAUGGAUGUCCGUUUAGCAUACAAGUAAUCUUUUGAGCAACAUCUUGAAUCACCUGAAAUACUAAUCAACUGUGCAAUAUUUAGUCAAUACAUCUUGUAAAUACUGAAACACUUGUGUUUGGUAUACAUUUGGUACCAGAAUGCAACUUUUUAAAAGGGAAAAAAUACUGAUUAUUUUAACCUUGAUUGAAGUUUGCUGAAUAUUUUGGCCAUAUUUCAACAUUAUGUAUAUCAUCCAUAUACACCAUAUUAAACAUAUUACCAAAACUGUGCCUUUGAAUGAAGUGAGUGAACUGGCAUUAUGAAGAGUAAAUAUCAGAAGGACAAUACACCUAACUUUAUCCUAAAAAAAAAAUAUUCAGUGCAAUGUAUCAUGAUCUUAGGUCCAUCUAUAAGUCAGAAAAAUGCAAGCUUAUCAUGCAUUUCCCAUCUUGUAUCUUCAUGAUUUGAGGCAGAAUAUGGUGAAACAAAAAAAA